AUGGUGGUUCUCAUUUUGCCAAGAAGCAAUUCGAAGCUCCUCAAAAGGUACGGGGUUCAUCACAAGGUUGGUCUCCCUUACCACCCUCAAACUCAAAGACAAGUGGAAGUGUCCAAUAGAGAGAUCAAAAACCUUCUUGAGAGGAUGGUGAGAAAGUCUAGAAAAUAUUGGCCUCUCAAGCUCGAUGACACGCUUUGGGCUCUUAGGACGGCAUACAAAACCCCCAUUGGCACAACCCCCUACCGGUUGGUCUAUGGGAAGGCUUGUCACUUGCCGGUUGAGUUGGAAUACAAGGCUUUGUGGGCGAUCAAAGAGCUCAACAUGGACAUGUCCUUGGCGGGUGAGAAAAGAUUGCUUAAGCUCAAUGAACUUCAGGAGCUCCGGUACGAUGCAUACGAGAACUCGAGGCUCUACAAGGAGAGGACUAAGAGAUGGCACGGCCGACAUAUAAGGAACAAGAGCUUCAAGGUUGGAGACAAGGUGUUGUUAUUCAACUCUAGGCGUCGGUUGUUUCCCGAAAAACUAAAAUCCAAGUGGUCGGGGCCUUUAACAAUUUCGAGGACUACUCCUUACGGGUCUUUUGAGUUAGAAGCGGAGGGGAACAAGUUCAUGGUUAACGGCCACCGUUUGAAGCUCUACCAUUGCAAUGAUCAAGUUGGCAUGAUUGAGUGCAUGAGGCACGAUCCAUCGGAUCCUAAGCCGCUUAUUUGA